AUUAGUGUGUGCUGUAUAAUAAGAUUGUGCGUACAUUGACCUUUAUUAUUGAGUUCGCGUUGGAUUUUUGAACGAAGCAGUGUUGACUGUACAUCGGACAAAAAUGGCGGCUCGUUUUAUUUGCUAGCAUUGUGAGUACACAUAAUUUUCUCGAAAUAAUCGUGUUUUUAUGUGAACAUGUGAAAAGUAUGAAUUAAACUUUGUAGUGUAGUGUUCAGCGCGUGUUUGUUAAAAUGUGUCGGACAGAAUUGUGCCGUUUUGGGAUAGGGAACUGGAUUUUUUUAUUGGCCUGCCUGCAUUUGUUUACCCAUACCAAAGGCGGAGAGAAAGAGGAAGCGGUAGUGCGUCUGACAGCGGAGCCGGCCGAUUGCGUCGUGGCGGCGGGCGAACGCGCCGUGCUCAGCUGCGCCGCUGCCUCGCCCGCCCGCGUAUCCUGGCGGUACAGCGUACAGCACGCGCCCACGCGCGACCACACACUGCCCCACACCGACACAUAUAGAAAACAGGCUGCGAACGGAUCUCUGGUGCUGGAGAGCAUGUCGGCGGCACUAGCGGGACAGUACCAGUGCGUGGCCACCCUCGAAGGAGUCGGCGUCGUCGUGUCCCGGGUCGCCACGGUGCACCUCGCCGAAGUGCCGGAGCUGGCGGAGGUGGGAGGCGUGGUGGCCACGGUGGAGGGCGGCGUGGCGUUGCUGUCGUGCGGGCUGCGGCCGCCUCCUCGUCUAGCGCUGCGCGUGCUGCCGCCGCCCGGAGUGCCCGCAGCCGCCGACCGUCGAGUCUACGGAGCCGCCCGUCUGCACGCGCACCCGCCGCUGCUCAGGCUCAACGUGACGUGGUUGAAGAACGGCGUGCCGGUACGCAUGGAGGCGGCGCGGGUGUCUCUGACGCCGAGCGGAGCGCUCGAGAUCGACCCUGUGAAGCCGCACGACGCCGCGCGGUAUCGAUGUCGCGUCUCGUUGCAGUCGCCGCGUGACGCCGCCGCUCGCACGGGCAGCGAGAUCGAGCUGCGGGUGAACACGGAAAUCGCUAAUCUGGAGGCGGCGCCGCGCUUCAUCGCCACGCCGCAACCCGUCACAGUGAUGGAAGGUGCGUCGGUGACGUUGGAGUGUGCGGCGGUGGGCAACCCCAAGCCCCAAGUGACGUGGCUCAGUAACGGCGUCGCCAUAGACCUCAACGACCUGGAUUCGCGACUGUACUUGGUGGGGGCCGGAUCUCUGCGGGUUCAGUCGGCGAGGGUGCCGGACGCCGGCGUUUACACCUGCCGAGCCACCAACCGCCUGGACUCCGCCGACCACUCCACCCAUCUAUACGUUUUGAGCAUGCCACGCGUUAUGCUGUCCGAAGGCGGCGUGGUGCGCGCGCGACGGCGAGGCGACUCCCGCCUGGGUUGCGAGGUCAAAGGCCGGCCUCCGCCCCGCGUCACCUGGCUCAAGGACGGGGAGCCCCUCUCGCCGCACAACCACGACAUCGCCCUCGUCGACGGGUCGUCGCUGCGCAUCCAGGGCGUGUUGCCGGUGGACGCGGGCAUGUUCCAGUGCUUCGCGACUUCGUCCGCCGGAUCCGCCACCGCCGCCCUGCGCCUCGUCGUGCUGCCGCCCCAUCACGUCCCCGAUCCCCCGACCGGCCUCGAGGACCUCCAGAGCGUGGAGGAGGACCCGGAGACGGAGCUGGGAGAGACUUCGUCCGCGUACACUCCGCGCCCCUCCGACUACGACGACUCUAAUGCUAUAAACGAUAUUUCAUUUCACGCCGACGAAGGAUCGGACAGCGACGUCGAGGGAAACGCGACCGCGGUCUCGGCGCCUCACAACUUGAGGCCGGUCAUCGUGAAGCACAGGUUCGUCACGCUCAGCUGGGAGGAGCCCGAGCACAAGUCGGAGGACAUCACCGGCUACGCCGUCUUCUACAAAGUCAAGGGCAGCGAGCGCGAGCGCGUGUCCCGCGGCGGAGCGUCCCGGCACGAGGCCAACGUCGGGUCGCUGCAGCCGAACACCACGUACGUCAUCACGGCGCGCGCCUACACGUCCAGCGCCGCCUCGCCACUCACGCCCGCCGUGGAGGUGACGACCCCGGCGGAAGAGGUGUCGUUCGGGCCGCCCGAGGACGUGCGAGCGGAGGCGACGGGGCCUCAUUCGGCCCGCGUCUCCUGGUCGCCGCCGCCCGCGCCCACGCGGCCCGCCAAGUACGCCGUCUACUUCACCGAGGUGGAGAGCGGGCGCGAGCAGAGCGUGUGGUGCGCCGCGUCGCCGUGCCCGCUGGAGGGCCUGCGAGCGGCGAGCCAGUACCGCGUGCGCGUGAGCGCGGCCGGAGGCGCCGCUUCGUCCGAGCGCCCGCUACGGACGUGGGCGGCUCCGCCCGCAGCCCCUCCCGUCAACGUCACCGCCCUGCCCGCCACUCACACGUCGAUCCAAGUGAGGUGGGAGGCUCCGCCCGCGCGCACGCACGGCGGUCCCCUCACCGGCUACAAGAUCCGCUUCCGCCCGGCCGGGGGCGGAGGGACGGCGGGCGGCGGCGCCGCGGGGGGCAGGCGCCGAGCCGAUUCGCUCACGACGCCGGCCGACGCCCGUCGAGCGGACCUCGCCGACCUGGAACCCGGCGCCACUUAUCAGAUUCGAAUAUGCGCAAUAAACGCGAACGGGUCCGGCCCCUUCGGCGACUGGGUGUCGGCGACGACGGCCGGCGCCGAGCGGGCCGACACGGCGGUGCCCGACUUGCCGCCUUCGCUGACCGCGCGCGCGGGCCGAGAUUGGAUCUCGGUGUGGUGGGGCGGCGCCGGGGGAGGCGGAGCGAGGGGCUGGUGGCUGGGCUGGGGGUUGGGCGUGCCGGACGAGCGCUCGCGGGAACUGCCCGUUCACCGCACGUCGUACGUCAUACGCGGACUCGAGCCGAAUUCCGAAUACGUGAUAUCGUUGCGAGCGAGCAACGCGCUGGGCCUCGGACCGGCCGUCUACGCCACCGUGCGGACGCGGAGCGCUCGACCCGACGACGACUCGGCCGACCCGGACGAACCGGACGAGCCGGAAGACCCGGACGAUCCCGACGACCCGGACGAGGCCGACGACACCCCGCCGCUCAUUCCGCCCGUCGGACUCAAGGUGAUCAUGCUGAGCGGGACCACGGCCGUGGUGUACUGGACGGACCCGACGCUGCCCAAAGGACAGCCGGCGACGGACGGCCGGCGCUACGUGGUGCGCUGGGCCAGCGCGGGCGGAGGCCGGCCCCGGACCUACAACGUCACCGACCUCAACUGCAUGCUGGACGACUUGCGGCCCUUCACCACCUACGAGUUCGCCGUCAAGCUCAUUAAGGGAGGGCGGGAGUCGGCGUGGUCCAUGCUGGCGAGCAACACGACGCUGGAGGCGGCGCCGGGAGGGGCCCCGCGGGACCUGCGAGUGGCACCCGCCGCGCCCGCCUCCCGCGCGGCCGACCUGGUCUGGACUUCACCCGCCCGCCCCAACGGCCGAAUCACCGGCUACGUCAUCAUGUACGCGCCGCAGCGGGGCCCGGAGAGCGGCGCCGCCGAGGAGUGGACGGCGGUGGCGGCGGCCGGCGAGCGCGCCAGGGCCCGCGUCGAUCGUCUGCGCCCGCGCACCACUUACGCCUUCAAGAUUCAGGCGCGCAACGGCAAGGGGCUCGGCCCCUUCAGCCCCGUCGUCGUCUACACGACCGGCCCGGAGACGGGCGAGGGAGCCGGCCUGGCUUCGGCGACGUCGGCCUGGCUCUGGGCGAGCGCCGGGGGCGCUUGCGCCGUGCUGGCGCUGGCCGCCGCCCUGGCGCUGUCGCUGUGCUGCCGCCGACCGCACCCGCCGCUGUCUCCCGACACCAGCACCUACCAGAAGGCGUCGGCGUCCGCGGGCAUCAAGCCGCCCGACCUGUGGAUCCACCACGACCAGAUGGAGCUGAAGCACAUCGACAAGAGCCUCCACAGCUCCGCCAGUAAGAUCUCGGCGGGCAGCGUGGACGGCGGCGUCGGCACGCUGGGCCGCGCUCCUCCCGUCGAGUACGAGCCCGCUCGACACGCUCCCGCGCCCGCUUCGCUGGACCGCCGCUACGUGCCCACCUACGUCGGUGAGUCUUUUCGGUUCCCCCUCCCGGACGAUCGAUCGGCGUCCUCGCCGCCCGGACGCGGCUCGGAGGGUCCGGCGUGCUCUGACGCGCGUGUUGUGUGUUGGGUAGAGUCGUCGUCGUCGUGCGCGGGCAGCGCCGACACGUGUCCGCUGGCGUCGAGCUCGCCGUGCGCGCGCUGCGACCUCCCCCUCCCGGACUAUUCGCCACACACCUAUUUAGCCAUGACCGGCGUCGGCGUCGGCGUGGGCGUGGGCUGCAGCUCCACCUGCGAGCGCCGGAGACACGUCCCCGAUCAGAGUACGCCGCUGCUGGCGGGAGUUGCCCCGCUGGGUUCCACGCAGUCUUCUCUGGGCUCGCUGCACGCCCACGCCGUCCCGCCCUGUGCGUCGAGCGGCUGCCCGCUGGGCGCGGCCGGAGGCGGAGACGUGUACGCGAGCGCGAUGACAGCGCGCGAGAGAGGACACUACGUCGCCUACGAGCCGCUCGGCCAGUACACGCACCGAGAUUCGUCGAGCGGCGAGGCGGCGCCGGGCGGGGCGACGUCGUGCGCCGGGUCGCUGCGACGCGGAGGCUGCGGGGGGCCGCUGCACAGUUUCACACUUCCCGACAACGCCUCCGACCGCUCCACGCCCUCGCACUCCAAGGCGGGCAGCGUGAGGGAGACGUCGCCGUACAAGAAGAGCGCGAGUUCAUCGCCGGGUCGGGGCGGGGUCGGCGUCGAGCUGGAGGGCCUGACGUCGUCGCGCUCCACGGAGCGGCUCCACCGGGACAUGCAGAACCUCGAGGGCCUCAUGAAGGACCUCUCGGCCAUCACGCAGCAGCAGUUCCAUUGCUAACGGCCCUCGAACGACCGUCUGUAUCAUACGAGUUGUAUAAUAUUGUGGACAUUGUUUCGUCAUUCGUCGGCUCAAUUCUGUCAACCGAAGUGGAGCUCGACGAGGACAGUGAAACGCACGGACCCACUUGUAUAUAUAUUUUGUACUUAAACACCGUCGGGAUAUUCGUCUGUGAGUCUGAGCGCUGGAACACGGCCGGCUCACUUCUUUAUUAUGAAUUUUUGUAAAUAUUGCCUGUUUAAUAUUUUUCUAUUAUAGAAAAACAUUUGUAUUAUACACAUUCGGCAUUUCGCGUAUAUUUGUCUAUUUUGGAUUUACGCCAUCGUGCCAUACCUAUCGACGGCCGAAUCGGACUCGAGCGCGUCACCGGCCCGGCCCGACUUUGAAGACUCGUGCGUCGCUUUAAUUAGGAAUUUGACGCAAACUCGGACCGAUUCGGUUGUCGUGAAGCUUCGGCCGUUCAAAGUCUGAACAUCGCACAAAGCGCCGAGUUUGGCGACCGAAAUGCGCGUUAAAUUCGGAAUACGUCGGCUUAUUGUUUAUUCUUCCGAUUCGUCAGCCAUUAUCUUUAUAGUCAUAAUUUAUAAUUAAGUGCAAACAUUAUUGCGUGUACAUAUUUUUUUGAUAAUUCGACUUUACAAAAUAUGGUCUCAUUUUACUUUAAAUAAUCGUACUUAGACUGAAUUUUGAAACGGUUUUUAAAGAUAGAUUAAGUUUUAUUUAAAUGGAUUGUAUUAUUUAUUACAACGAAAUUUUAAAUUUAUAACGAAAAAGCGAGAAACGUUUACUUUAGACUGAUAUUUUUUACAAUUAUGUUUCGCGCUCCGCAGCUACGUUGACGACCGACUUUUUAGAAAAGGAGUAGUAAUCUGAAUGAAAUCACUUGAAAUGAAACGUUUUACGGCUGCGGGACGCGUUCUGUUCCCACCAACACGAGACUGCUUCUCGACUGUUUUUUUCAAAUAAGUUGGAACAUCCUAUAGAUCUUUAAUAAACUUAUUUAUUCAUGAAA